GGCCUGGACCGCAGAGUGGGGGGCCAUCCUCUCCUCCUCCUCUCCCCCCCCCGCCCCGCCAGCGGGCCUCGGAUCUACGGCGGCUGCCUUCGGCCAGGAAGGGGGCCGCGCCUAGCGUGAACCCCGACCCCGCUCCGUCAGCGACUGGGACCCGGCGCUCCGGAGGAAGGCGUCGCGGGCGCCCGGCGAGCCGAGUUCGAGGCGGGGGAGGCCACCUCGGGCGCGCCCGGCUUCUCCGGGAGGGGCGGGCGCGCAGAUGGCCACUCAGGUGGAGCCGCUGCUGCCGGGGGGCGCCCCGCUCUUGCAGGCCGAAGAGCACGGGGGCCUGGUGAGGAAAAAGCCGCCGCUGACGCCCGAAGGCAAGGGCGAGCCCGGGGCGAACGACGUCGGCGGGGGGGAGCCUGACGGCGGCGCCCGGAGACCUCGGCCGCCCUGCGCCAAGCCGCCCAAGGAAGGCGCCGCCGGGCCUCCGGAGCGCGAGAGCCCGCGGCCGCCGCAGCCUCCGGGCGCCGAGGGCCCGGCGCUCAGCGACGGCGAGGAGGGCGGCGGCGGCGGCGAGCCGGGCGCGGGCGGAGGAGCUCCGGGCGCCCGCCGAGACUUCGUGGAAGCACCCCCGCCCAAGGUGAACCCGUGGACUAAGAACGCGCUGCCGCCGGUCCUCGCCACCGUGAACGGACAGUCCCCUCCAGAGCAUUCUGCUCCCGCCAAGGUGGUAAGGGCUGCGGCUCCCAAGCAGCGCAAAGGCAGCAAGGUUGGUGACUUUGGAGAUGCAAUCAACUGGCCCACACCUGGAGAGAUAGCCCACAAAAGUGUGCAGCCACAGACCCACAAACCUCAGCCUACUCGUAAGCUGCCUCCAAAGAAGGACAUGAAAGAACAGGAGAAAGGAGAGGGGAGCGAUAGUAAAGAGAGCCCCAAAACCAAGUCAGACGAGUCAGGAGAGGAGAAGAAUGGGGAUGAAGACUGCCAGCGAGGUGGACAGAAAAAGAAAGGGAACAAACACAAGUGGGUUCCAUUGCAAAUAGACAUGAAGCCUGAAGUACCCAGAGAGAAAUUGGCCUCCCGCCCCACUCGCCCACAGGAGCCGAGACACACACCUGCUAGCCGUGGAGAGAUGAAAGGGUCUGAGCCUGCCACCUACAUGCCUGUGUCUGUGGCCCCCCCCACCCCAGCCUGGCAACCAGAGACUAAACCGGAGCCUGCCUGGCACGACCAGGAUGAGACAUCGAGUGUGAAGAGUGAUGGGGCUGGUGGGGCGCGGGCUUCCUUCCGUGGCCGUGGACGGGGGCGUGGUCGUGGACGGGGACGUGGACGGGGUGGCGCUCGAACCCACUUUGACUACCAGUUUGGCUACCGGAAAUUUGAUGGUACUGAGGGGCCACGCACCCCCAAGUAUAUGAACAACAUCACCUACUACUUUGACAAUGUCAGUAGUACUGAGCUUUACAGUGUGGACCAGGAGCUACUCAAAGACUACAUCAAACGCCAGAUUGAAUACUACUUCAGCGUGGACAAUUUAGAGCGAGACUUCUUCCUGAGACGGAAAAUGGAUGCUGAUGGUUUCCUUCCCAUCACUCUUAUUGCUUCCUUCCACCGUGUGCAGGCCCUAACCACUGACAUUUCACUCAUCUUUGCGGCCCUAAAAGACAGCAAGGUGGUGGAGAUUGUUGAUGAGAAAGUACGCAGGAGGGAAGAGCCUGAGAAGUGGCCUCUGCCUGGUCCCCCAAUCGUAGAUUAUUCACAGACUGAUUUCUCUCAGCUUCUCAACUGCCCUGAAUUUGUUCCCCGCCAGCACUACCAAAAGGAGACAGAGUCAGCGCCUGGCUCUCCCCGUGCAGUCACCCCAGUGCCAACCAAAACAGAGGAGGUCAGCAACCUGAAGACGCUACCCAAGGGCUUGUCUGCUAGUUUGCCUGACCUGGAUUCUGAGAACUGGAUUGAAGUGAAGAAAAGGCCUCGGCCUUCCCCGGCACGACCUAGGAAGUCAGAGGAGCCCAGACUCUCCCACCCAACCUCUCUGCUCCAGCAGCCUCUCUCCCACCAGCCGAUGGCUAAGGACCAGGAUGAGCAAGAGGAGCUAGAUUUCCUAUUCGACGAAGAGAUGGAGCAGAUGGAUGGACGGAAGAACACCUUCACUGCCUGGUCUGAUGAGGACUCUGACUAUGAGAUCGACGACCGGGAUGUCAACAAAAUCCUCAUUGUUACCCAGACACCACCAUAUAUGCGCCGGCACCCUGGGGGGGACCGCACAGGCAACCACACCUCCCGGGCCAAGAUGAGUGCUGAGCUGGCCAAGGUCAUUAAUGAUGGGCUCUUCUACUAUGAGCAGGACCUGUGGACUGAGAAGUUUGAACCUGAGUAUUCCCAGAUUAAGCAAGAAGUUGAAAACUUCAAGAAAGUCAACAUGAUCAGCCGGGAGCAGUUUGACACUCUGACUCCUGAACCCCCUGUGGAUCCCAACCAGGAGGUUCCUCCUGGGCCGCCCCGGUUCCAGCAAGUUCCCACGGACGCACUGGCCAACAAAUUGUUUGGUGCUCCCGAGCCCUCCACCAUUGCCCGCUCUCUACCAACCACUGUCCCAGAGUCACCAAACUACCGCAAUGCCAGGACUCCCCGCACGCCCCGGACCCCCCAGCUCAAAGAUUCAAGCCAGACUUCGCGGUUUUACCCAGUGGUCAAAGAAGGACGGACGCUGGAUGCCAAGAUGCCUCGAAAAAGGAAGACAAGGCACAGCUCGAACCCACCUUUGGAGAGCCACGUGGGCUGGGUGAUGGACUCCCGGGAGCACCGGCCAAGGACGGCGUCUAUUAGUUCCAGCCCCUCAGAAGGGACGCCUGCAGUUGGUAGCUAUGGCUGCACCCCUCAGUCACUGCCCAAGUUCCAGCAUCCUUCCCACGAGCUGCUCAAGGAGAAUGGCUUCACACAACAUGUCUACCAUAAGUAUCGGAGGCGCUGCCUUAACGAACGAAAGCGCUUGGGCAUUGGCCAGUCUCAGGAGAUGAACACGCUCUUCCGCUUCUGGUCCUUCUUCCUCCGAGAUCACUUCAACAAGAAGAUGUACGAGGAGUUCAAGCAGCUGGCUCUGGAGGAUGCCAAAGAAGGCUACAGAUAUGGUUUGGAGUGCCUUUUUCGAUACUACAGUUAUGGCCUAGAAAAAAAGUUUCGGUUGGACAUAUUCAAGGACUUUCAGGAGGAAACCAUGAAGGACUACGAAGCUGGCCAGCUCUAUGGACUAGAGAAGUUCUGGGCCUUCCUAAAAUAUUCCAAAGCCAAAAAUUUGGACAUUGACCCCAAACUGCAAGAAUACCUCGGCAAAUUCAGACGGCUAGAAGACUUCCGAGUGGAUCCCCCCAUGGGCGAAGAGGGCAGCCACAAACGACACCCCGUGGUAGCAGGCGGCGGCGGCGAGGCCCGGAAGCGAUGUCCCUCCCAGUCUUCCAGCAGGCCAGCCUCCAUGAUGAGCCAACCCCUUCCACCGCCCACUGGCCAGCCCAUCCGGGAAGAUGCCAAAUGGACAAGCCAGCACUCAGACGCUCAGACUUUGGGAAAGUGAAAAGCCCCUAGCCCUGGGGUUUGGGGGGAGAUGGGGUGGGGUGGGCGAAGGUCCAGGGGGGUGCCCAGUCCCAGGAGAGGGGACAGAGAAGGGACAGGCCUGGAGUUAUUUGGAUGGCCUUCAUGCUGAGUAGCGGUGUAUCCACCAUUGUGGCUCUUUGAGGUACCCCUGGGCAGGAGCCUCUGCGCCUCUUUCUCCCCUCCUCUCUCCAUGACCUUUCCAUCCGAGCUUCUUCUAAGGGGGGAGGGGAAGGGGGGAGAUUUUUUAUAUAUAUAUAUACAUAUAUAUAUAUCAAGUUUUAAAUUAUUGAUAGUUUGUCUGGAUUACCAAAAUCACUCUUGAGCCCUGCCCGCGCUGGGGGGCCGCAGCCCCGGUCCCCGCUCCUGGCCUCCUCCUGCUCCCCCUCAAGCCAACUAUGCAGCCCACCAGAAGGCCCUGGGGGCCUCGCCACCACGUAGUCCCGCGGACGGCUCUGACGGGGCCCUGGCCCCGUGAUCAUCGGGGGUUGCCAUCGCCCUCCUCUCCUGCGGCCCCCACUCUGCCCUUCUGCCACUUCCGGGGGAGAAGGAAACCAAAGGAUCUAAAAGUGGGGGCUGGGAAGGCCUCGGCCUCUCCCACUCUCCCCUCCCCCUCCCUCCUUUACCCCCCAGCCCAGAGAGACGCUGCUCAUACCAGAAGAGACUAUUGAGAGAUGAUUUAUUUUAUUUUUCUCUGACCUUUCCAUUUUUGAGAAAAAUGGGGAAAAAAAAUCGACCAUUAAAAAAAAACCAACAAGUCAGCAAACAGCCCCCACCUAAUCCAUAGGAAGUGAUGUCUUUCCCCUCUCCUCGGAAUCGUUUUGUUUUGUUUUGUUUUGUUCUUGGAAAUACUAUUUUUUUAAGCGUUGCCUUAUUGUGGAGCGGGAAUCUGGAAGACCCCCCAAUGCCUGCUUUCCUUGGUGGAGUCGCCCGCGGAGCCCCACCUUGUUGGACGUGCCUGGGCUUGGACUGGCUAGAACCUUUCUCUGGACUGCGUUGCAUGUACAGCGCCUCCCGCCUGGAGGCGAGAGAGUCGGGGUGCUCGAGCCCGAGCCCUCCUCCCCCCAUACCCUGCUGUUGCAUCGUUUGAAGCUGACGCCCCCUGUCUGUACACUGCUGCCACUGUCGUGUCCUCCGCUGCUUGCUGUGGCCCCGUGCCAGGCCCAUCCCGCCGUGACCCCCUCAUCGGAGCCCUUGGAGCCCCGAGGCCAAGUUCACGUCAAACUGUCCUGACGGAGAGAAGAGUUGGCCCGGAUCUGGAACACACUUGAGCGUACCCCGCCCCGCCUGGAGGGGAAGGGGCCCGGUGCACCCCGCAGCCGAGGCCGGGAUCUGUUUCUCCACGUUGCCCCCCAAAAGAUGGGAGACCCCCCCCCAAGGAGGCCCUGCCUAGCGCAGGGGGGUGGGGGAAGAGGCGCCCCUCUCCUCCGAGGGCCUCCCUCCCUCGUGGGGUCUUCCCAUCGUGCAUCUCCCCGGCCUCCCUCUGCGAGCCAUCUCACCACCUUCUGAGCAAGCCCGCCCGCCGCCGCCGCCAGCGCCAGCCCGGGAGUGAGCGCGGAGGGGCGGGGAAGGCAGUGCGGACAGAGUGCGCGCCUGCCCGGCCCUCGGCGCCCCGCCUCCCCGCCGCCGCUGGGCACCGGGCUCCUCCGUGGCCCAAAGGUUGGGAGGAUAAGGAAGAUGGGCGCCCCGGGCCGCCAGGGCCCGGCCUCCCUCCGCCCAGCGUCCUUCACCGCGCAGCCCGCGCCCUCCCCACGCGCACUGUGGGGACCCGAGGCCGCCCCAGACACUGGACUCCCGCACCCCGAGCUCCCCCCGUGGGUUUCCCCCGUCUUUCCUUUGGCCGAUCCCCCCCAGUCUGUGCCCAGCACCACAGAAGCCUCUCAGGGCUCGGCCCGCGUGGCCCCGGGGGCGCCCGGAGGGUGGAGGGCGGGGCGGCUGCGCCCCACGCCCGGCGCCCCGCAGCGGGGAUCUCAUCUCAACCGAGGCCGAGAGCGGUGCGAGCUUCUUUCCCUUUUUUUUUUUUCCUCUUUUUUUUUUUUUUUUUUUUUUGUAACAUGUUAGGAGUUAAUGUUGCAAAGAGUAGUUUACAUCCUCACCCUCUGAAGACACUUGAAUUUAGGACCGAUGUAUCUGUGACGAGCAUGCAGGAGCGGCAGGGCCUCGAGGCCGGCCGCUUCCCACCCACCAUCUUCCCACGGGGAUCUAGGAACCGGAGACGCCAGGCAGCGCCCUGCCCAGCCCCCCAGCCCCCUCCGCUCACCCCACACCUUCCCAGGCUUGCUCCCCGCAGAGCGUCCUUUGGGAGGACGGCAGGCCUUCUGUCUGCGUGCCUGGGCCUGGCGAGGGGCAGGUUCUCCGGACUGCCCCCCCCCCCCCCCCCCACCGGGGAGCGAGCGCACUGGGAGGAGAGGAGGCCGCCCACCUGUGCCGGCCUGGCCCGAGGCCCCGGGGAGCUGCCCAGCCCCAUGUGGAAGUUGUUCAACUUUUUUUUUUUGUUUUGUUUUGUUUUGUUCCAUUGUAGCUCUUUUUCCCCCCCUUUCUGAUGAUUGAUUUACGGAAGAAAGCAAGCUGCUCAGAAGGCCCAGGAAGUGGGGGGGAGGGGUGCCAAAAGUCUGGGUAGUCUGGAUCAUCUGGGACUCUUGAAUAGGAACCCCCAAAGUACUCGUGUGGAAGGGUCCCCGAGU